GAAAACCCUCUUUUGUUAAGCGAAAAUGGCUGCUCUCAAUUUGCCCGCUGACAUUGCCGCCAGCGCCGAUGGCUCUCGCAAGCUCUUCAACAAGUGGUCCUACGAGGAUGUCGAAGUCAAGGACAUCUCUCUCCAGGAUUACAUCCAAAUCCGUCAGCACAUCUUUGUCCCCCACACUGCUGGCCGUUUCGCCUCCAAGCGUUUCCGCAAGGCUCAGUGCCCCAUUGUUGAGCGUCUCACCAACUCUCUUAUGAUGCACGGUCGCAACAACGGAAAGAAGCUUAUGGCUGCUCGCAUUGUCCAGCACGCUUUUGAGAUCAUCAACCUUCUCACCGACCAGAACCCCGUUCAAGUUCUUGUCGAUGCUAUCAUCAACACCGGACCCCGUGAAGAUUCCACCCGUAUCGGUUCCGCUGGUACUGUCCGUCGCCAGGCUGUUGAUGUUUCUCCUCUUCGACGUGUCAACCAGGCUAUCUCCUUGUUGACCACUGGUACUCGCGAGUCUGCUUUCCGCAAUGUCAAGACCAUUGCUGAGUGCCUUGCUGAUGAGCUUAUCAACGCCGCCAAGGGUUCCUCCAACUCUUAUGCCAUCAAGAAGAAGGACGAGCUUGAGCGUGUUGCCAAGUCCAACCGUUAAAGAAACCGUUUUCGCGAGCAUGUAUCAUCAGGCAAGGCGGUAUUUGUAUCUAUCACAAAUACUCUCUUGCAUGUCGACUUGUGCUCACUUGUCAAUUUUUCCAAUUGUCUUGGAUUAAAAAUAAAAAUCUAAAUCCUCUAUACAAA